AUGCCUCUCCGUUCCCCACUCCUAUUCCCUGCAGGAGAAGAUGACUGCCUCCCCAACAUUCCUCUUUGCAGUUCCAACCAAGCUGGGUCACCCUUCGCCGACGAAGAGGAUGAAGACGAGGAGGAAGGGGACGAAGAGAAUGGUGAUGGUGAACGUAAGCGCCUUCGGCUCUUUCUCGGAUGUUCCAUUCUGUUAAGGCGCACGCACAGACUGACAUUUAACGUUUUAACACCUAGGACGAAGCUCAAAUAAAGGGGGUCGAGGUGGCGAGUCUCGCGUUCACAAUUCUUUGCGUACUACUUGCACAAACGCGACGAGUACUUCUCAAUCCCGCAUUGCACCCAACGUGCCUUCCUGGCGUUCGUGAUGACGGAUACUCCCACGUCGAGACCGAUCGACUCAACUUACCUCCAGUUGCAUCAAGAAAACCUCCGCCUCACCACGGGCCAAGGUAUCAUCACCUUGACCCCGGAUCAAAUUGGAUGUUCGGUGAUUUUAAGCUCAACGUUCAAGAAUAGACCGCGCGAGAACACGCAGCAUUACCAAGAUGCGAUGGCGUGCGUCGUCAAAUAUGGAAAGCCUUCGCUGUUCAUCACGGUGACGUGCAACCCCGAAUGGCCGGAAAUCAGGCUGCACUGGGGCCGAACGACCAAGCAUGCAACCGACCGGAUCUCAUUGCACGAGUGUUUGAAGCCAAGUUGAACCGACUCUGCGACGACGUUUUUGGCAACAAGCAACGGACAGGCUGUUUGCGCGAUGAAUGGAGAACUGUUUCUUUGCUGUACUUUGUAGUGUGUUUUCUUAGCCUCUGUUGA